GUUCUUACAAAAACCUACGACAUGUAGUUUUAAGGUUUCUGAGUGAUACAUACCUCCAGCUUUUUACUUCCAGAAUUAAUUAAGCGAUGAUUAUCGAAAAUCGUCGCCACAACAGUCGUACUGCUGUUCCUAGUCAAUACACUUGAAAAUGUUAAAAGAACGCGAAACAUACACAGCGACAAAAGGAGUUGAAAAUGAAGGCUACGAAUUUGAAGUUGCUAUGUCGGCAUUCUAUUGCUUCCACCUCUGCUACAACAACACCAUCAGUGACUUCAAAAUCGCAAUCUACGACGACCAGUACCACCCUUUUGACGACAUAGUAAUCGACAUAACUACCCAAGUUAGCGAAAAGUACGCCAUCCAACUCAAACAUGUAAAAGACAAACUCGUCCUCAAUGCCAACCAUUUCGGCAAAAAUGGCAAAAUGGUCCUAAGCAAAUACUUCAAGUACGACUUCACCAAGAGCGACCACGUCGUAUUAUUGACCAACGGUGUGGUCAAUGAAGAAAUCACAGUCGGUUGUUGUCACAUCAAAGUCAAAAGCUCUCUCUCCGAAAUGGAAAAGUGUUUGGACACCAGCAGUAACCAAGAACAUCACAUUUACGAGGUUUCUAACGAAGAAACGUCAAACAAGUUCACGUUUUAUACUUCGCAGAAGAGUCGCUACGACAUCGAUGAGGAAAUUAGGGCGAAAUUUAAAGCGAAGUUUUUUCUUAACGACGACAACGUUGACGGUAUUGUUCAAAAGUUCAAGAGUUUUUUCCAGAAAUGGAAAAAAGGGGCGUUCAAGUUAGACAAAGAAGAUAUCAAGAUGAAAAUCACGGAGAUUUUGUUUUAUGAACAUAUUGUUGACUACAAGCCGCAAUUUGGCAACUGCGUCGAAAAGAAAACCCACUUGGUUCAAAAUAUCUUGAACAGUUUCAACGUCACGAUAGUUCAAGAUGUUGAUACAGACACACUGAGUAGUUUAUGUUGUUUUGAAAAAGACAAACAGGAGUUAGUAGAAGAUGGUCAGAAAUUGCUGAUAAGCGACAACAGUUACAGAGAAUUGGCUAUUAUUUUGUGGCGCUUGAAGAAGUUUCCUUUAAUUGUCGAAGUCAACGCCGAGAACGAAAACUUAGUUUAUGAUUUAAUCAACGAUAUACAACAUGAAGAUUUGUCUUUUAUUUUGGUUGGAAGUGUUUCUCGGACAAGUCUCAAGCCGGGAAAAAUCUUCGAAAAUUUUGCUGAUCUACAAGAAAACACGUACUUCGACGAAACCAUCGAAGAAUUCACGUUAUCAAUACAAGGACAAAGCGAGAUAUCACUAAGACAACUAUACCAGUGCAAUCUCAGAUUUUUAGAAGUAAUCACAACCAAAGAGCUUAUUUUGAUGUCAAAAGGCAACUUUGUUGUUGGUGAUACAGAAGAAGAACUUCCACAACCAUACAUCCCAAGACGUUUGAUUACAACGACGUUAAAAAUCAACUCCAUAGAGCAUUUUCCAAACGACUUGUUUGCCAUUUGUGGUUGCGACCAACUCCUCAAACAAAAACUACCCCGAUGGAGAUUCUGGAAAUUUGAAGAAUUCGUUGAAAAAAUGUCUUUAGGCAACAGUAUGCCAACCAGAUCUGUCAUUCUUUGUGAAGAAACGGGCAAAUCUUUCGCCACUUGCUUAAAAUACGAAAAAAGAAACGUCCAUUGUCUCAAAGUCGUAGACUCUGAACACCUUCAGCGCAUUUACAGUAAAGAAAAGUCAGACCAUUUGCGUCAGUUUCAAAUUUUCCCAGAAGAUCAGGUGCAGUAUGUUUUGAAAAACAAUAUCAAUUUGGUGUGUGCUCGACCCGGAAUGGGAAAAAUGACCAUGUUGAAGUAUCUACGAAGAAACUCACUUCCGGGUUAUUGGACCAUCAAAGUUGACUUACAAGACCAACAGUUUCAACUAAGUUCGGAGCAGAACUCUAGUUUUGAAGGAAAAUUUAGAGACUGUUUCAAAGAAGUACGAAAAAUCAGUUUUUUCUUCUAUGGAAUUGAUAAUCUUCAGAAUGACAGUUUGAUUAAAGCCACGGAACACAUUAAAAAAGUGGCUAAAGACAAUUUUAAAGUGUGGGUUUUCUCGGAAGACCAUUUAAGGGACACGCUUGAAAAAAUAUUCGAAGUGCCUCCUAUGGACAUCGAAGAGUUCAGCGAAGAGGAGCAACAACGGUACAUCCAAGAACGUUUGAAAUAUCGGAACGCAGAUGAAGGACUAGAGAAAGUACUACAAAGCUUUAAAAUGUUGAAGAACAAUGACAUUCUAGGAGGCCCGAUGCAUUUAUACAUGCUAACGGAGAUCUUCAUCAAUGACCCUAAAGCAAGCAUGGAAGAAAUUUUCGUGUUGACAGACAUCUACAGGUACUUUAUCAAAACCAAGUACCACCAUUAUCUAGCCAAAGUUUCAUCGGAUCCAGAUCACCACAACCAAAUUAUAGAGGAUGGUAUAUACUUUCGUACUGAACAAUACAAACUAGCAGCUAUCUCUGGUUUGGGUACUAUUUAUCUGAACGGUAACAUACAAUGCGACCGAAAUUUCUUAAAACAAAUUGGUAGAAUUGGGGACGUUGUCGGAAUCAUUUUCAAAAUUGCUGCUGACUGGAGCGUUAUAUUCACUCAGCAAACGUAUGCUGAUUAUUUCGCUGCUCUUUGGUUGGCCAGCAAUUAUCAUAAAGUCAGAAAUAUCAAAGAAUUUAUUCUUCGGGAAGAUUUUAAGAACAUCUUGUUUAUGUUCAAUUUGGAAAUUUGUCGGAACCAUCCAGCUCAUAUUGCUGUUCUUUAUCAGAACUAUGAAUUGCUACGGAAGUUUCAGGCGAAACUUAACGAGUUGGACCCACUAGGAAGAUCUCCUCUGCAUUUGGCAUGUUUCUAUGGAACGAAACUUCCAAAACUGAAGAUUUCGGAAGAAGAAACAGCUUUGAAAUUCAACAAGAAACAACUAAUAAAAGAAGAUACACACACCAAGAGGGUGACGGAUUUUUUGAUGUCGAGUAUGAUUGUUGAUCCCUAUCAAACUGACAAACUAUUUGGAUGGACGCUGUACGAUUGUGCUUUUAGUGUACUGAAUCUCUACGUUAUACAGAAGCUUCUGAAGCAAUUGCCACAGACACGUGCAAUAGUUUUAGAGAAACUUAAAAACUUGAAAGAGGAUUUUUUCACAGUGGUCUACUAUUCCCUCAAAUUCGGAUACAAUGAUUUGUUCAGACUUACGUCUGAAAUACCUUCGUUCAAAAAAGCACUCGCAAUGGAAAAUUGUAACGGACAAAGUUUGCUUUAUUUGGCUGUCAAAUCUGGCAAUCACGACAAUGUCGAGGUGUUAUUAAAUAAUGGUGCUAAAGCUAACACUAUUACAAGCACGUAUAAUAAAAGAAGUGUGUUACAUUUUGCUGUUGAAAAUGGUCACAACGAAGUUGUUAGGCUACUUUUAGAUAGAGGUGCAUUUCCUGAUAUCAUGGAUAGAUACAGAAACACUCCGUUACACAUAGCUUCCAGUAAAGGCAUCUAUCAAUCAGCUCAGCUUCUCCUGAAUUAUGGUUCAGACGUAAACUUUGCUGAUAACUUUGGACGCACGUCUUUACAACUGGCAGCAACCCAUGGACACCUUCCGAUUCUUCAGUUGCUGCUUGACCACGGUGCUUCAGUUGACAAGUGUGAUAAGUUUGGUAAAAGUCCGCUCAGUUGUGCUCAAGACAAGAAGCAUCACAAUAUAACGAGUGUACUACUAAGAGAAGGUGCGACCACUCCGACUACAUUAAACAGGAGACUUUCAGCGAUUGAGUAUGAUGAGUAUACUUCUUAUCAGUUACAUUGGGCUGCUUAUACAGGACAAGCUGAAAGAAUAGAACCUCUGUUGCAAGAUGGUUGGACUAUCAACUACGUUGACCAUUUUGGGCGCACUCCACUUUAUAGGGCGGUUACAGAAAAACAUUUCAGAAUUGUGGAAAUGUUUAUUGAUAUAGAAGCUAAUGUUGAUAUUCCUGAUAAUAAUAAAGUCGUGCCUUUAUGUAUAGCAAUCAGCAAUGAUGAUCGUAAAAUCAUAAGUUUGUUACUAAAAGGGGAUGCCUCUGUAGAUGUGAGAGAUAAUUUCGGAUAUACACCCUUACAUUGGGCUGCGAUGUACGGUAAUGUUGAAAUUAUCAAACUCUUGUUAGGCAAGACUCCAGAUGUCGACGCUGUUGACAACUUUGGUAGAAAACCUGUACACUGUGCUGUAGAAAAUGGACACUGUGACGCAGUAUCACUACUCGAGGUUGAAGAAUCCAAACUAUCAGAAGUAGCAAGAGAGAGGUUGUCAUUUUUACAACACUACGGGAAUAUCGUUAAUGAAGUCAAUGGUAAAUCAAAACUAACACCGUUUGAAGAAGCCAUCGACUCAGGAAACUACAUCUUGGUGAAAAAAUUUCUAAACCAAAUAGACGAUCUAAAUAAAAUCAAUGACCAUGGUCACACCAUUCUGCAUAGAGCUGUAAUAAAAAGACAUAGAUUAACAGUUGAGUUUCUUUUGGAAAAGGGUGUCAAACUGGAUACUCUAGACAAGUGUAAUAGUUCAGUUUUGCACUGGGCUGCGAUGAUCGGUGACGCUGGAAUCGUUCAAUUAUUGAGAAAAUGGAAUGUCGAAGUUAAUGUUAUCGAUAAUUUUGGAUAUAGUCCUUUAGCAGUAGCAGCGAUGAACGGCCAUCUUGAAGUACUUUCUCUACUAUUAAAAGAUGGUGGUGACACUGACGUUGUGGACAAAUGUGGAAACUCUCCUUUAGAUUGGGCAUGUAAAAAGGGUUAUAUACAGUGUGUGGAGGUGCUUUUAAAAAAUGGCGCUGUUGCUAAAAGUUUACAAGGGAGAGAUCUCUUGGAUUUGGCAAAAGAACAGCGGACAUUUUUAAAAAGAGCAGCACUGUUUUGAACGUCAAGUCAUGUUUUUUGUAAUUUUGUUAAGUAAUACAUUUAAAUGAG